UUAGCGGCCGCUGCAGUCACGUGGGGAGGGCGAGGCAAUCGCCGUGCGGCAUAGCGUCACUUCCGCUGCGGAUGCGCCACUUCCGGGUUUGCGGGCGCAGCGAGGACCGGGUAGUGCGACGUAGGAAUACAGCAUAAACCAUCUAAGCAACCAUGCUAGCCACAAGGCUAGUGUGCCUGAGGGCAUUAUCAUGUCAGACUAUCCGCCCUACCAUUACUCAGGCCUCCCCAGCUCUGAGGAACUCCAAUAUAAAAGCAUACAGACUGUGGCAGCCUAACCAGUGUUAUGCCACCAGAGUGAGAACAGGUGUAAGGCGUGGAAAAAUUGGACAGGAAAUUAAAGAAGCAGCGUUUGAGCCAUCUGCAGAAACUGCAAUUAAAGCUGAUCGCCUGGGGAAGUUUAUUGUAGCUGGAGGGGCUGCUGUUGGCCUGGGCGCUCUCUGUUACUAUGGAAUGGGCAUGUCCAGUGAGAUUGGAGCUAUUGAAAGAGCUGUUAUUUGGCCACAGUACGUGAAAGACAGAAUUCACUCUACCUACAUGUACUUUGCGGGAAGCAUUGGCAUGACGGCGCUGUCUGCUGUAGCUGUAAGCAGAUCUCCGGCACUCAUGAGCCUGAUGACAAAAGGCUCCUGGCUGGCAAUAGGUGCAACUUUUGCAGCCAUGAUUGGUGCAGGAAUGUUGGUCAGAUCCAUAUCCUAUGAACAUAGUCCAGCAGCUAAACAUUUGGCUUGGAUGAUGCAUUCAGGUGUCAUGGGUGCGGUGGUGGCUCCUCUAGCCUUCUUGGGUGGUCCUUUGCUGAUCAGAGCUGCCUGGUACACUGCUGGAAUCGUCGGAGGGCUCUCAACUGUGGCCAUGUGUGCUCCAAGUGAAAAGUUUCUGAACAUGGGAGGACCACUUGGAAUAGGCUUAGGCUUUGUUCUUGCCUCUUCAGUUGGAUCCAUGUUCUUGCCACCUACUUCUGCUUUUGGUGCUGGCUUGUAUUCGGUAGCCGUUUAUGGUGGAUUGGUUCUCUUUGGCAUGUUCCUGCUCUACGAUACACAGCAUGUUAUCAAGCGUGCAGAAACUCUUCCAUAUUAUGGAGCAACAAAAUAUGAUCCAAUCAAUGCGUGCAUGGGUAUCUACACAGAUACACUGAAUAUCUUCAUUCGAGUGGCCACCAUGCUUGCAGGUGGUGGAGGUAGCAGGAGAAAGUAAACCAAGACUCCUCUUUGCAGCUGUCCAGCGGCAUACUUAAUGCACAUACUAAAUAAAAAUUCAUGGUUACAAGCAGUUUUGCUGCAGUUCAGAACCUUAAAGCAUUUCAGCCUGUUGUUUCAGUGCAAUGUGAUUCAGACUUAGUUUUUCUUCAAGCACUUUCCAGCUCUGUGUUUAAAAUAGGGUAAACUGCUUCUAAUUUUACAUUAUUUUGGGAAACUAAAUUAUUUUUAAUAUAUGAGUAAAAUAGUCUAUCAACUUUUUAAUGAGUCUGACAGCACUUCAACUCUGACUCUUUUUUUUUACUGUUAUUGCAUAGUAAAAGAAGCAAUACCUAGACCGGUAUCUUGUAUGCAGAUAGUGACACGAUAUACUUCAUUAAAUGGUGUUGAGAUGCAUCAGUUUUCAGUUAAGAUUGUAUAAAUGAUAUUUUAAUGGCACAUUAAGAAGAUGAACAAAUAGAUACAGUGCUAACUACAGUAAAUGGCUUCUGCCUGGGCAGAAGCUCCAGAAAGGUUUAAGCAAUUGUCAGAAAUGCUUUGGAAUUGAUCACAAGGUGACCAAAACGUAUAAAGGAGACAAGAUGAGAAACUCAUGUUGCGUUUGUCCUAUGGGAACUUCAGUCUCUUUGUGGAGUACACGCGAGAACUCCUUGCUUUAAUGUUGACUAAACAGAAUAGCGAGGUUCUUUUGAUCCUACAUCUAUCGAAUAAUGAUAGAAGCGUGUGUGUUUUCCAGAGACUAAAUUUCAGUAUUGCAGAUGGAGCCCUGUCCCUCAGGAGAGCUCCUGGUGCUCAUCUCUUACAAUCUUGUACAAUUGGCACAGGAAGAGGGAAUUCAGGAUGGCCUGC